AUGAUAGCAGGAAGACGAACACAAUUACUCAUCGAUUCGGGAGCAUCACUUACAUUAAUUAAUCUUCAUUUUUUUCUUCAACUGCCGAAAUAUUAUCAAAAAAAAGCACGUCUACCUCCUUCGAAUUUAUGUCUCCAAUUGGCGGAUAGAUCACAACUUUAUGUUAAAUAUGCCCUAUCACUUCCAAUCACCAUCUCAAACUCAAGACGUAUGCAUAGAGUAUAUGUCGUGCCAAAAUUAUGGCGUUCAUGCAUUAUCGGUAAUGAUCUAAUUCAUAAACAUAAUCUUCAAAUUGAUGGCGAUCGACAAUACGCAUAUUUCAAAACAAAGAAUAUACAUACACAGGUGCAACGGGAAAGAAAAGAAAAAGUGAACAACGACGAUGAAUAUGUCUUAUUAGCCAAUGAACGUAUUAAAAUUUCACCCUUCCAUGCAUUCAACAUUGAAGUCAAGCCAAACAAGCCAUUCUCAAUAAUAGAGAAGAAGAAUGAAGAAGAUGAAUACGAAGUGACAUCAAUAAAAGAAACACCGUGUGUAGCGAAUGGUAUUAUCGCACCGAGCCAAUACAUAACACUGCAGGUGGCUAACUUAACAAAAAGAACGAUUAUAAUUCACCAAAAUCAACCGCUCGCCAAUAUGAUUCGACUUAAUCAAUCACAAAUAAAUAUGAUGCAACAUGGAACAACAUCAUCAACAAUCAACCAAACGAAAUUAACAGGGGAGAAUGAACCAAAUUUAAUCAACACCGAUUUAGAUGAACAUCAAAAGAAAGAAAUAAAAAAAACUUAUUCAUACAUUUCCUGA